AUGUCACAGACCACCAACGUCUUUCUUACUGGCGCGGCAGGCUACCUGGGUGGCGCAAUCUUGCAGCUGCUUAUGCGGAUGCCAAACCUGGCUAUCACCGCCCUCGUACGUGACGAGCAGAAAGCGGCCAAGCUCGAGCAGCUCGGCAUCGAAACCGUCAUAGGCUCUCUCGACGACGCAGCACUCAUGGAGGCUGAGAGCGCGAAGGCGGACGCCAUCUUCCAGAGCGCGGCGUAUGACCAUCUCAACGGAGUCAACGCGUUGCUCAGAGGCGCGAAGGCUCGCUUCGAGAGGACGGGCAAGCAACCGAUCUUCAUCCAGACCGCGGGGACGGCUAUCUUCGGUAAGCUCGACGCGAUGGGCUCGCCUGCGUCGGGCCCUGCGUUAUCCGACAUGGACCCCAACUUGUACGACCAUAAGAACGCGCUCCCGUACACCGCUAUCAACGACGCGUUGAUCGCCGCAGACGCUGAAGGCUUCGUACGAACAUAUAUCGUGUUCCCGUCCGUGGUCUACGGGACUCUCAAAGGCCUGCUUGUCGACGCGGGCAUCGCGCACGCGUACAGCCUCGCGAUCGCUGUGGCGGUCAAACUGAGUAUCCAGCGCGGGCAGGGUGCGAUGGUCGGCCCGGGUCUCAAUAGAUGGUCUGGGGCUCAUGUUGACGAUGCGGCCGACUUCUACAAGAUCGUCUUCGAGCGUGCGCUAGCAAACGAUGCGACUCACGGCACACAAGGGAGCUACGUCCUAGAGAACUGCGACUUCAACUACAAAGACGCAACGGAGCGGUACACUGCGAUCCUCCAUGCACACGGCAAGAGUGCGAAGCCCGGGCCCGAGGCUUUCACAGCUGCUGAGAUCGAGAAGAACCCGAUGAUCACUCUUUGGGGUGUGGAUAUCCGUAUCACGGGCGACCGUGCGCGGGCGUUGGGGUGGAACCCCACGCAUGGUGUCGAGGAAUUCUUCGAGAGUGUGCAGGAGGAUACAGAGGCUAUUCUCGCGGGAAAGGAUUGA